AUGAGGGCUGGUGUUGAUGUCUUUGCUCUUGACUAUGAUGCUAUUAUUGCUGCCAUGUAUGCAUUGACUGUUAGUGCCGAGGGAGACUGUUACCUGUGUGUGCCGCCUGACCCAGGUAUAGAGCCUGCUGCCCUGGGUACUAGUGAGUCUGCUCUCUCUGGUAUGGUGCCCCCUGUACUUGCUCCCCCCAGUGCUGUCCCGGCUGGUUUCGAGUCUGCUCUCUCAGGUACAGCACCCACACAGACUCCUCUCUCAGGUACCGCACCGGCUGAGGCCUGUCACACCUUCACCCUUGACUCAGUCCUUGCCCAGUCCACCACUGUCCUCCCUUGUCCGGCGGUUCCGUCUGGCUCGUUGUCGGGUUUCCACCUCCCCUCGUUCUCGACGAACCUGGUGAGCAACGCUGUCCUCCAGGAUCAGUGGGUUGACACCUUUACCCCUGGCGGACAGCGUGUGGCGAUCUGCACGUGCUCCAGGACCGGCCGUCACCUGGCUACGUUCACCCGUCGGCCGGGGUCGAGUCUCUACACACUGACCACUGCGUCUCCCCAGGUCGCUGCUGUCGGUCAGGUGUCUGCGUCAGGUCUGGUGGCCCACGCCUGUGAGUGUCGUUCCCUGUCGCACCAGACUCUUCUCUGGCACCACCGCCUGGGUCACCCCUCCUUGCCACGCCUUCGUGGCAUGCACCGUCGCCUCCUUGUGUCCGGUCUUCCCAGGUCCCUCCCUCCCCUCCCUGCCUCGCCUGCGCCGCCUUGCCUUCCUUGCGUCGAGGGGCGGCAGCGCGCCGCUCCUCACUCCUCCUCGUUCCCCCCGACAGAGGCUCCUCUGGAGACCCUCCACCUGGACGUGUGGGGCCCAGCCCGCGUUCGUGGUCAGGGCGGUGAGCGGUAUUUUUUGCUGGUUGUCGACGACUACUCGCGUUACACCACGGUCUUCCCCUUGCGCACCAAGGGUGAGGUCCCUGCUGUUCUGAUCCCUUGGAUCCGCACGGUUCGUCUCCAGCUCCGCCGCCGUUUCCGGACGGAUCUUCCUGUCCUGCGUCUGCACUCUGACAGAGGUGGUGAGUUUUCCUCCGACCUCUUGAGGACCUUCUGUCAGGCGGAGGGCAUCGAGCAGACCUUCACGCUUCCGGACUCCCCACAGCAGAAUGGGGUUGCUGAGCGUCGCAUUGGCCUGGUCAUGGAGGUCGCUCGUACCUCCUUGGUCCACGCGGCGGCUCCCCAUUUUCUGUGGCCGUUUGCUGUCCGGUACGCCGCGCAUCAGCUCAACCUCUGGCCCCGUGUCUCCUUGCCGGAGACCUCGCCCACACUGCGUUGGACGGGGGAGGUUGGCGAUGCGUCGCGCUUCCGGGUGUGGGGUGCUCGUGCCCUUGUCCGCGAUACGUCUGCGGACAAGCUCUCCUCCCGCACGCUUCCCUGUGUCUUCCUUGGCUUUGUCCCUGACGCGCCUGGCUGGCAGUUUUACCACCCCACCUCGCGCCGGGUCUUCGCCUCUCAGGAUGUCACCUUUGACGAGUCGGUGUCUCUCAGGUAG